CAACAAAAGGGCAAUUGUAUUUUUGUCUUUCUCUUUCGGUUGGCUACUUUGGAUUAGAUAUCUGACUUAGAUUUUGGCCAUUAUCAUCAUCAUCGUCAUGUCUUCAUCAAAUAGACACUGGCCUAGCAUGUUCAAAUCCAAGCCCUGCAACACACACCAUCAAUUGCAGCACGACAUCAACCCGUCUCUCAUUUCUACUGGUUGCCAAAAAGCUCCUUACACCUCCGUCGUAGGGUACGAAGAGCGUAGUCCGGAGCCGAAACCGAGAUGGAAUCCGAAACCCGAACAAAUUCGCAUACUGGAAGCAAUAUUCAACUCCGGGAUGGUUAACCCACCUAGGGAUGAGAUAAGGAAAAUCAGAGCUCAACUGCAAGAGUAUGGCCAAGUAGGCGAUGCCAAUGUCUUUUACUGGUUCCAGAACAGAAAAUCAAGAAGCAAACACAAGCUGCGCAAUCUCCAAAACUCUAAACAACUGUCUCAGCCUCAGCAGAACCAACAAAUCCCUCCCAGCACUGCACCUUCCUCUUCAUCCUUCUCAUCCGAGAAAUCCUCACCGAAAGGAGCUAACAACAACAACAGUACUCUCUCUUUGAGUUCUGCAAAUAUCAUUGAAGUUUCCAACUCUCCAAGUGCUCCUGUGAACCAGACCUACUUUCAUCAGCCUCAGAACGAGUUCUUGAACGAACCUUUUUUCUUUCCUAUGCAACAGGCUUCUGCCGGAACCGGAUUUACACAAGGGUUUGGCUUCUCUGAGCUAACCAAUGUGAUUCAAAUCCCCGAAGAACCAGUUGAACCUUGUACAAGUCUAUUGUUGAGUGAGAUACUAAACCAUGGGGAUUCAAGGAAAGAACAAGAAGAAAAGACGAAUAUGCAACUCCAGCUUAGUUACAGUACUGUGACCACUGCACCUAGUACUCACUCUAUUGCUCCUCAUACUGCGUCCGCCAGUAAUACAAUUACUGUUCCAUCUAAUAUCCAACUCACUCAUGGUGCCGGGGAAUCGGCUGCAGUGGACCCUGGUAAUCUGGGUAGAUGGACGGUGUUUAUCAAUGAUGUAGCGUUUGAGGUGACGGUGGGUCCGUUCAACGUGAGGGGGGCUUUUGGUGAUGAUGCAAUCUUGAUCAAUUCCUCUGGUCAACCUGUUCUCACGAACGAGUGGGGGUUAACCCUUCAGUCCCUUCAACAUGGUGGAUGUUACUAUCUGUUUCGCUCAUUAAGGCCCUUCUCCAUCUAAGGAAGGU